AAUUUCGCUGUGGCGUUUUCGUUAUAUAUUUACACAAGCUUGUAUCAGAGUAAAGCGGGGAAGAAGGCAAAGCUCUUCCUUUCUUCAUAAUUUCUACCAAAAACCCCAACUGAAGAUUCUCCCUCCCUCUCUCCCAGGUGACUACUCACUGGUGGGAGAAGACAAGAACUGCUUGAAUUCAAAUUCAUUGAAAUUUCAAGCAGGGAAAGAUGGAUUAUGUUUAUGGACCAGGAAGGAACCAUCUCUUUGUUCCAGGGCCGGUUAACAUCCCUGACCCUGUCAUUCGGGCUAUGACCCGAAACAAUGAGGACUACAGGUCUCCAGCAAUUCCAGCUUUGACAAAAGACCUGCUUGAGGAUGUCAAGAAGAUUUUCAAGACUACUACUGGAACUCCAUUUCUUUUCCCUACAACUGGUACUGGUGCAUGGGAAAGUGCACUAACAAAUACAUUGUCUCCUGGAGAUCGUAUCGUGUCUUUCCUGAUUGGACAAUUCAGUUUGCUUUGGAUUGAUCAACAGAAACGCCUCAACUUCAAUGUUGAUGUCGUAGAAAGUGAAUGGGGCCGGGGUGCUGACCUUGACAUUCUGGCUUCAAAGAUUGCUUCAGAUCGCACACACUCUAUAAAGGCAAUUUGCAUUGUUCACAAUGAGACAGCAACCGGAGUAACUAACAACUUGGCUCACGUGAGACAAAUUCUUGAUGAAUACAGGCAUCCGGCCCUCCUCCUUGUGGAUGGAGUCUCUUCAAUCUGUGCUCUUGAUUUCCGAAUGGAUGAAUGGGGAGUUGAUGUGGCCCUAACUGGCUCCCAGAAAGCUCUUUCCCUUCCCACUGGGCUAGGUAUUGUGUGUGCCAGCCCCAAGGCCCUUGAGGCUGCAAAAAGUGCCAGAUCACUUCGAGUUUUCUUUGACUGGGGUGACUACUUGAAGUUUUACAAGUUGGGAACUUAUUGGCCAUACACUCCUUCCAUUCACUUGCUUUAUGGUCUGAGAGCAGCUCUUGAUCUCAUUUUUGAGGAAGGACUUGAGAAUGUGAUUGAAAGGCACAAACGUUUAGGUAAAGCUACCAGGCUUGCAGUUGAGGCAUGGGGGUUGAAGAACUGCACCCAGAAGGAAGAGUGGUAUAGUGACACCGUGACCGCAGUCAUGGUUCCUCCUUACAUCGAUAGUUCUGAAGUAGUUAAAAGGGGAUGGAAGAGAUACAACCUGAGCUUAGGUCUGGGACUAAACAAAGUUGCUGGAAAGGUUUUCAGAAUAGGUCAUCUUGGAAACUUGAAUGAGUUACAACUGUUGGGCUGUCUUGCUGGUGUGGAGAUGAUUCUGAGAGAUGUGGGGUAUCCAGUGGAGCUUGGAAGUGGAGUUGGUGCAGCAGGUGCUUACUUGCGGAACGCUACUCCCAUGAUUCCUUCAAGGAUCUGAUGGAGACUCUCAGAUGACCCAUUCCUGUAACUAGUUAUUCCUGUACUGUUCUUUUUAAGCUAUUCUGUAAAAUAUACAUGGUGUAUCUCCUUUAUUGUACUUUCUUCAACCUGGACCUUUUCAUUUGUUUGUUAAUUUUAAUAACUCCUUUGCGUCUCU